UGCGGGCGGACGUGCAUGCACGCGAGCAACAGAUCCCGGCGCAUGCGCAAUUCAUUGUUUUGACUGAAAAUGCCGUCGGUUUCGAAAACGGCGGCCAAUGCGUCUCCUCAAACCGAGAAACCUACCCACUAUACAUACUUGAAGGAGUUCAGGACAGAGCAGUGCCCGUUGUUCCUCCAGCACAAGUGUACGCAGCACAGACCCUUUACGUGCUUUCAUUGGCAUUUUCUCAACCAGCGACGAAGGCGACCCAUCAGGAGAAGAGACGGAACUUUUAACUACAGCCCAGACGUGUACUGCACGAAAUACGACGAGACCACAGGCAUUUGCCCGGAUGGAGAUGACUGCCCUUAUUUACACCGAACCACUGGUGACACAGAGCGCAAGUACCAUCUACGAUAUUACAAGACUGGCACUUGUAUCCAUGAGACAGACGCUCGAGGGCAUUGUGUGAAGAAUGGCCUCCACUGUGCUUUUGCUCACGGGCCACAUGAUCUCCGACCUCCAGUCUAUGAUAUCAGAGAGAUCCAAGCACAAGAGGCCCUCCAAAAUGGACAACUGGCAUCUGGGGAAGGUAUUCCUGAUUUGCAGCCUGGUGUACUAGCCAGUCAAGCUAUGAUCGAGAAAACUCUGACAGAAGACCCCCGGUGGCAAGAUACCAACUUUGUUUUAGCCAAUUAUAAAACAGAUCAGUGUACUAAGCCCCCAAGACUAUGCAGACAGGGCUAUGCUUGCCCCCACUACCACAACAGUAGAGAUCGAAGGCGAAAUCCACGAAAAUUCAAGUAUAGAUCAACUCCUUGCCCUAAUGUGAAACAUGGUGAUGAAUGGGGCGAGCCCUCAAAGUGUGACGGUGGCGACAGUUGCCAGUAUUGUCACUCUCGCACUGAACAGCAGUUUCACCCAGAGAUCUACAAAUCUACCAAAUGCAAUGAUAUGCGACAAACUGGAUACUGUCCCAGAGGACCGUUUUGUGCAUUUGCACAUGUAGAAAGAAUUCCAUCAACAGAAGAGACCAUGAGCUCACUGCUAACAGCGAUACAGUCGAGUUCACAGUCUCAGCUGGGCUCUCAGCAGUAUUCAGAGUGUCCAGUCACUGAGUGGAACAGUGGAGGAAACUCCACCACCAGCGCAACCAGUAGCAACGGACAAGUAGGAAGUGUUUCAUGUUCUAAUAGCUCAACUGUAACGCCAAGCUCAGGAAGCAACAGUUUGUUAUCCCCAGUGGGAUCCAUCAGCAGGCCCAAAUCCUUAACUAACAGUAGUUUAUGUUCAGAGUCCACCACAUCCAGUGUCUCAUCUCUGACGUCUAACUAUCCUAAAGCUCCGGGCUUUGAACGUGAAGAUCAGAUCAAGAACAAAGGGCAGGUGGAUCAAAAAUUGAUGGACCAAGAAAAGCAGACACAAAAUACUGUAUUCUCUGCGGUGAACCCUUUGGCAUCAAGCUUUACCUCCAGUAUAACGUCAAGCUUGGCCUCUAGUAUUGGCUCAGAUAGUUCUUCACCCACCACCUUAUCAACAAUGAAUGCAAAAGCCACUCCUUUCUAUCCAGGGAGCAACACAGUGGAGUCUGUCAUCGGAUCUGCACUGGACCUCAACUUUAGUGACAUUAAUGUUGCAUCUCUUGAUAAGGAGUUAGAGGAGCAAGAUAACAGUGUAGGGCUGGCAAGUCAAAGGGUGCUAGGUGGAUCUGCUCCUGUUAACAUUCCUGGCUCCCUGGCACGAUCGUCCUCUUUCAAUUCCUCCUCAUCCCUCUCCACCUCCCCGCUAAGUUCCCUCUCCCAGUCUCUGUCGCAGUCUCUACUGUCGGGGGCGGUAUCUCAGCAAAAUCAACCUUCAAACAUGUUGGCAAAGCAAGAGCAUGGCCUACUGGGAACACCCACCUCCUCUUCCCAGAACUCUCUGGGAUUGAAUGGAGGAGCUGGCAACAUUUGGGACUUUGUAAGUGGCAGCUUUUCACCAAGUCCAUCUCCAGUUUUCAGCAGCCUAACCUCUACAACCAGCAGUGCUGAUCUGGCCCGCCUUUUUAGAGAACUGGAUGAGGCCAAGAGGAAGAUCAAACAAUGGGAGGAGGCCUGGCAUCAGGUCAAACAAGCGUGUGAAGCUUGCCAGAAAGACGCUCACGAAGCAAAGGAACAAGCAAAGACUGCUGAGGCAGAGCGGCAGCUGGCAGAACAGAAGUGGGAAGAAACAGAGCGCAAGCUGAAAGAGCUCCAGGGGGACUUUGAUGUGCUUUGUCGCACCCCUGGAACACCUCUUCUACGUAGCUAUGGAGAGCUGGAGCAGCUCCCUUUGUCAAAGCUUCACUCCAUCCAGAGUCAGCUGCGUAAUGACCUAGACGUUAUAGAUGGGGUAAUAUAUCAGCUUCAGUCAAAGAAAUGUAUAGUUUGCCAAAAGCAUGAUCGUUGCAUUGUUCUGCAGCCUUGCCAACAUUAUGUACUAUGUGAGAACUGUGCACCUAGUAAAACAGAAUGUCCCUACUGUAGAGCAAAAAUAUUGAAGUGGUGAUGUACAAUUACUCAAGGUACUAUUUAAAGAUUAGCCCUUUGAAAAACUACUAAUAGAUAUUACAUUUUCUAAACAGCAAUGUCUGUUUCGUACAGUGAUUGAAUUACUUUAGGACAAAAUGAUGUUUGACUGACAAAACAAAUAGUAUUAUGAAUCAUAUUGCAUACAGGGGAUUCAGUCAUUCUAGCUUUUGCUCAUUUUAUGUCCACAUUAUGUCAACCAGAUUGCUUUUUGUACUAAAGGCCUUGCACUUGGUUUAGAAUAUUGAAUUCACUUGUAACUCUCAAAUCUUCAGUCGUGAUACAUCAUGUUUAGAUUUUUUACAUUUUGGCUAAGCACAGAAUGCAGUCAUGCUUUUCCUUAACCUUUAGACGUGUUGCUCUUAUGGUAAAUGCAAAUUUAUAGGUUAAAAAACAAACAAACUUGGUUACAAGUUCAGUACACAUAGAGUGUGAACUGAUAUUUCUGCCCUUUAUCGACUAUAAAAUACUCCACUCCUCUUUUACAUUAGUUUGGCUAAAUCUCUGAUCUCCUAAGGCAACAUCUUAUCUACUUGAUGCAUUUAGUAUUGCCCCGGAGCAAAUUGACGGCAUUUCAACCCUUAACUUCUUAGAAAAUCCUGUAGAAAUGUGUAUAAAGUUGACAAUAUGUUUUGGUGAAUCUGUUACAUAAUGAAGAGAGAAAAUGUACCUCCCUUUUACUGUAAUUGUAGUAUUCUGUUGUAAAAUGGAAUUCAUAUAUCAGUUUUUAAAAAAAUAUCCUCCAAUGUUUGUAAUAUACUCUAGAGAAUUCUUGCAGUCUGAUAAAAGCAUUUAUUAAUACAAUAGUAAAGAGUGCUUGCUUGUAGCCUACUGAUCUUUAUCGCAGAAAAUAGUUAUUCAGAUUUCUGCUUUUGUGGAUUAAAACAGUCCUACAUAAUAACACGUAGACAAAGACACUGUUAUAGUGAUAUUUUCAGACAACUGCUAGAGCUAUAAGCAUUAGGACCUCACAUGUGAGGAAGUCACUGUGUAAAUACUGAAAACAUACUGCCGGGAAAUCAUGAGUUCACACACAAAAGAAUCUGACGAUGUUCAACAUAAAAUGGGCAAAACUCAAAACAGAUUUUUCUUUAAUUAAAGAGGAAUACGUCUAAAUCAAGAGAAUUCUUUGGGAGCAAAUCAAGAAAUCAGACAUCAAUGCACCUGAAAGUGACUAAUAUUGAAUUCAGGAGUCAUGUAUUUGUUUUAGCCUAAUUAGUGUGGAGCUGAAGAAGGGAAAAGUGAGCGCUGACACCAUUUCACAGAGAGUGGAGCCUCUAAAACUGACAAGUGUGAAAUAGGUUAUUUAUCAGCUUCAUUGUACCAGAAAGCACCACAGCAUUGAGAGGCUGUGUGCUCUGCUAAAUGAGUAGGUGUUUUAUUCUUGAAUUCAACUCUGAGUGAGCACUUCAUGAAAAGGUUUGGGUCAAGUGCUGUGUAAAAGUAGAAACUUAAUACUCAGAUUUGUUAAAUGUUUCAUGAAGGUAUUCAUGCUGCCUCUAAAUCGGACUUAACAAGGAAACAUCAAAACAGUGUUCCUCUUUAAAUAAAGCCAAGUUUUUGCUGUUAAACCCCAAAUCAAUUUUCAUGGACAAUUUUUAAAUUCAACCAGUCAAGCAUCAUUAUUUUGACCAGUUUUCUGAAGAAGUUUAAUUUCUUAUUAAAAGCACUUUGUUGACCUGGGACUUUAUUAAAGGGUGUAGAGAAAUUUGCUUAAAGCUGCUUUGUAGGUAUUCUUUUGUGUCUUUUUUUUUUUUGAUUUAUACAUUUCUUUUCUACAUAAGCUAAUGUCUGAAGCUUUUGUGUGUACUGUGAAACAUAUUUUAAUAUUUCAUGUUUCCUAUUGUUAAAUCAUGGCAUGGUUCUACAUAUUAAGAUUUCAUAGAAAAGUACCUAAUAGUUUCUACUUUCAUAGUUAGAUUUAUAAAAUUUCAAUCAAAUAAGUGCAAAUUUAAAUGGCAUUUUAGGCAUAACCAGCAGCUGUAAUAUCAGUAAGGCACAUGCUACAUGUUAAGGCUGUUAUUCAAUCAGUUAGUUUUGUUUUGUAGAAGUUUAUAUAGCCUAUCCAUUAGAGAAGCAUGUAUUGUAUUUGCUAUAAGCCUGAAAUGGUGAUUUUUGUAGGAAUCUAGCCUCUUGACCUUGUCUAGAACAUAUCGGCCUCUAACUCUAAAGUGCCUUGCCUUAGUCGAAAAGGUUAUGUGUAGAAUCGUCAGAGCAAACACAAGUAGUUGAAGCUUGUGCACAGGUUUCUGCAGAAUUUGUAUUUAACUUUGCAGAAGCAUUGACAUGUGUAUGACUAUAUGUGUAUAUAUGAGUAUAUGCCAGGGUAUUUGGCCAAAUCCCAUUAAGUAUUUCUGCUGAACAUAAUUGAAGACGAACAUUGUCAGUGCCUGUGUCCUGACUUCACCCAUAGAAACGAACCUCCCUGCUCCCCUCCGACAGCCCGCCCACCCACUCAUUCCUUGGUUGUGGUGCUCUUUUGGUGCAGCUUCAGUCUUUGAAAUUAGGUUUUACACUUUAACGUUGGGGAGUAUGCAAACAUAGGACACAUGAAUUUGUAUCGCAACGUACAAAAUGCUUUGUCAGCAGUUGAGUAACUUCAGUUUCUUGUAUUGUACUAAUUCUGCAGUGAAUGAAGAAUUCCAUGGACAACUUGUAGGUUGGAUUUUUGCAUAGGGUUUGUGCUUAGGUUCCUCUAAUUGAAAUGACCUUCUACUGUGUUAAAAAAAAAAAAAAAUCUUUUUAUUCUUGCUUUAAAUUCAGUAGAAAUCAUUUAUCUCCAGGUACACUUUUUGCUACUUAUAAGUAUGGGAAAAUGAUUGUUUACAUUCUCACAAAUGACAAUUAAGCAACUCAGAGGAAAAAUAUCAAGAAAAGGUUAUGGUAUUUUAGCAUUUUCAUGAUUAUAUUACAGCAUAAAAGGCAGGCUAAACACUUCUGGUAUUGCAUGUUAUGCGAUAUAUUAACCAACUACAAAAAAAUACGAAAAAAAAUGUUCGCACUGUGUCACACUGCCAGAAUAUUUGUAUUGACUUACUUUAGUGUAGUUAAGGCUAAAUAACUUCUGCAAGCUUCGCUGCUACUGGAAAAGGUAUUAAUGUAGUUUGUUGUUAUCCAUUUAGAUGUUUGAAUGUUGUUGUGCAUCCACAGCUCAGAUUUCAGAAACUAUGAAAUAAUCUGUCUUCUGCAUCUAACUUGACUUAAUCUUUUUUGAUUGAAUUGUUCACUUGUAAAUCAAUUUGAGUCAAAGUUUCAGUACUUUUGUAAAUCAUUUGGAAUGAUGUCAUGGGCCUGUACUACUGUAGAUUGUCCCUUUUUUUAAUUAAUUGAAGUUAAAUGUGUUUUUGUUGACUUUCUUUCCCCCAUACACUGGAUAGCAGUGUACGGUGCAGCUAAUUCACAGGGUCCUUUGGUCUUUUUUUGUUUUGCCUGUGAAACCAACUAAAUUAAUGAUGUCUAGUGUGAAUAUCUAAAACCGAACCAAAGUGGUGUUCUAGUAGCUGUCCAAAUAUGUAUUGUAAAGGGAAAAUUUACCCUUGAACAGAAUUCGAGUAAUUGCUCAAGUAUUGGACAGAUCAGCCUGUAGUUGUGAAUGCGGCCCAGUCUGACCCAAAGCUAUAAAUGACAGGUCAGAGCACCAAGAUAACAUGAAACUGAGACAAAAUCCAGCAUUAUUAGUGGCAAGAAUUCUGUUUUUGGAUGGAUUUUUGCUUUAAUAUUUCAUUCAGUAGGACAUAAAUCCUCUAACUGAGUCAACAACAGGACUAUGCCAAUGGCUUUUGCUUACAACAGUAAUGGACUUAGGCCCAUUUUUUGCAGUUUUACCAAAGACCUGUAUUGUUAUUUCUUUUCUACUACAUUUCAUCAUUUGUUUCACUUCAGUUUAAAAAAAAAAAAAAAAAAAACAAUUAAAAAAACCAUACAUUGAUUUUACAAAAGUAAAUCACCUAGUACCUUAAAUAGAUAAUGUUCAUUAACAGUAAUUAACGGCAUCUUUUUCUAUCUAAAUAUGAUCAGAAAUGCAUGGGUCAGAUCCUUACAAAUUGUGCAUUUGUACAUUUAAUUUUGUGUUAAGUAUACAUUGGCGUUUAUGGCAGAUUGUGCAAUACUGGCUCGCACAUGCUGACCUUAAGCGAGGAUUCAGUGUCAGUUUAAUUGUUGUCUACAGUGAAGGAAUGUCAAAGUUGAAUGACAUUUAUGCUUCUGAAGUGGCCAUAUAAACUUCACUACAGUACUGUUUUGAAGUCAGUUUUGUUUGUUGAUUUUGCUUAACUACGUAAUCUAAAUCAGUUUGGAAAUCGAUAGGUAUGCAUUCUAUACUGUUAUGAUAGGCCUACAGUGACUGUAAGGUGCUUUCUUUUUAUCUGACUCUGUUUUGUAUUUCUUAAAAGCCGUGGUCCAAAUUAGUUUUUGUUAUUACAGGGACAGAUGACGAUUGUGAAGCAUCAAUGGCAGAUACAGACAUAAUCACAACUGAGCUGUUUGGGCAAUUUGUUGUUGCCCUCUCUAGAGGUCUACUUUUCCCCAAUUCAAGUUUUCUAAAAAAGAAAUUCAAAAAAAGCAUUCACUCGGUAAGCACAGCUUACGUUUCUUUACAUUUCUUCAGAUUUGUUCGAUUUUAUCUCUUAAUGGACCAAUUACACUUUCAAAUACAUCUGUGCCUUUUAACAAUUAUGUAAUGUGGAUUGAUUGAAAAACAAAAUAGAACAUGUUUAAUUAGAAUCAAAAUUCUAGUGCCUUACAAUAUUUUUGUGGACCAUAAUGUGAUGCUAAAUGUCCUGUGCAUUCAGGCCACUUUAGCCGAAAGGAAAAAGACUAACGAGAUCUGCUUCACCAGUUUGACAGUGUGAAGCAAAGGUUUUAACUGACUGAUAAUCAUCUCUCUGAGUCUGUAUUUGCCAUGCAAUUCAAGACAACACAGCAAUACCGAACCACUGAAUACACAAUUUUGGAUUCAAUUAGUCAUUUGGCACCAAAAAAGUGAAACAAAAAAGUUUGUAAGGAAAAGCACCAAAUAGGAAGAAUCUUGUAAAUGAACUGUAAUAGUUGUAUCAUUAUGCUCUGCAUUGGAAUAGUUUAAUCUAUUUUGCAUUAUUGUUAGUUGUUGUGUCUUCUUUGUUUUUAAUAUUAUGAAAAUGGAGCCAGAAGAUUUAUGCAAUCUUGUACAUGUAUAUGACUAUGAUGUAUGGAGCUGUUCAAAUUAAGUAAAAAAAUACUAGUAUAAAGUCAAAAGUAAAUGAUCUGAAUGUGGAACCAGUUGUUCCAUGUACUUUAGAAAAUUUCAGUAGAAAUGCUAUUUUAACAUUGAAGCCCUGAAAUAUUGAAUGUAUUGUUCUAAAUUAGAUAUUCAAUGAAUAGGUCACUGGAUAUUAUGGAGCGCAGUUAAUUGAUUAUUAUGUAGCAUCUAGUUGUGAACUGCUAUUCAAUAAAAUUUAUUAGAACUAAAACAAAUGCAAGUUUUCAAGUUUCUAUUUGUCAGCAUAAUGAGAAAAUAUAAAGAAAAUGUAUUUUUCUCAGGGUGAAACAGUGAUUUGAUAGAGAAUGUGUUAAAUCUGAGGAAACUGCAUUUCAUGGAUUUAUUUACUUAAUGUCAGUGGGUUUAGACAUUAUUUAUAGAUUAAAAAAUAUGUCCAUUAUUUUGUGACAAGCUGUAUGGAUAUGUAGUAAAUUCUAUACUGAUAAUUGUAGAACUUAUUCUGUUGGUAUAUUGAUAUUUUUGUGUUGUGAACACAAAAACAGGUGCAAGUCUUAGAAUACUAGAUGUUUCUUUUCUACAUUGAGGAUUGUGUAUGGCAUAUUUACUGUAGUGUAUUACUAGUUUGUUAACACUUGUUAAAUUGUUACACUACAGUUAUGCAAUGGUUUACAGAGUUCACAAAAUUAUUUUUAUCAUCUUGAGAAUUAAAAUAAUUUUUCAUCUGAAA